UGUGUGUGCAUAGGGAGCUGGAGUUUCUGAACUCCUCCAGAUUAAUAAGAACUGAGAGGAGUAGAGUGGAGGAGGAGCAGGACGGAGCAGGACGGAGGGUGAUGGAGGUUCUCCGGGUUCCUGAGCACCGGGCGGAGGGCUGGUAUCUCUCCCUCAUGGCCCCAAACACUAAAGGACCAAAGUUCGCCUGGCUGGACCCGUCCAGACUUUACUGCAACCCACAGGCUUUAUCAGACUGCGUGAAGGACCUUCUCAGACCAUUCCAGACAGACUCCAUAGACCUGGUGGCUGGAAUAGAUGCGAUGGGCUUUAUCCUCGGUUCAGCUGUGGCCACCACUCUGGGAAAAGGUUUUCUGGCCAUUCGGAAAGCAGGACACCUGUGUGUGGAGACCCAGACGCAGGACUACAGUGACUAUUCCGGCAGAGAGAAGCUGAUGGAAGUGCGAGUGGAUGUUCUGAAACCAGGUCUGCGUGUUCUCAUAGUUGACCAGUGGAUCGAGACUGGCGGGACAAUGAAGGCUGCAAUCAAACUUGUAGAAAGACAGAAAGGAAGUGUUGUAGGUGUUGCUGCUGUGGCUAUUGAAAACAGUGAAGGAGGAAAAUGGAUAAAGGAAAAUUACAAGUAUUCACAUUGCAUCCCGGAGGAGAUCCAGCCUCAAAUAGACAGUCAGUAUCUGGAAUCUUUCAAGAACUUCAGCUCUUCAACACAAUAGAGACCAGGAAUUAAUUAAGACGACAACCAUGGGAGAACAAAGCAACGGUGGUCUAUUGUGGAAUGAUGGCUUGUCUGCAGUUGCCUGGUGUGAAAUGUGUGAAAAUAUAGACAUAUUUGCACAGGACUGGACUGAAAUAGAGAAAUUUAUGUUUAUUUAGAGUUAAAAUAUAUUGUAAAAUGUUAUCAAUGAUAUUACACAUAAAAAAUACUGUAAAAUAUACUGAUUUCUUCUUAUAAAAAUGUAUUUUAUAUCAUAGUGUUUGCCAGUGUUAAAACAGCACUGUUAGUAUCAAGUAUUGAUUUUAACACAGGCAAAUUUACUGUCUACAUAACAUUUAAAAUGUAAAUGUUUAGGAAAACCUACUGUACACAGCUUAGUUUUAACAUAGGAAAAGGAAAAGGAAAAAAAGAUUUAUUUUUGUUGAAAUUCUUGAAAUGUUUGUAUUUUUUGACAUUAGCAAUUUUAAUGAAAUGCAUACUAAUUUAUAUACAGUAUAAAAGGUUUUAUUGCAACAAAAUGCACUUUUUGUAAACAAGAAUCUAUAAAAUGUUCAGCAUAAAGACAGCAUAACAUUGUGUAAAAUGUUUUAAACAGAAAGGCUAUGAAAAUUUGUAUGCCACAGUAUUAACACUACUUAUAUUUAUUUAAUACAUUAGAACUGCAUUUCUAAUGAAAUAUUAAAAUGCAAUGCAACACUU